CCAUAUAAAACUCCCCAUGAGCUGAAAACCAGACACAGACAGCAAAAAACAAUCUAAGACUAACAGGAGCUAACAGAAAGAUCGAAUUUACCUUAAUACUGCAACUGAGAGCGCCGGAAAAUGUGUAAAGGAUUAGCUGCCUUGCCCCAAACCUGCCUGGAGAGGGCGAAGGAGAUCAAGUCAAAAUUGGGCGUUUUACUGCAGAAGCCGGAAAAUGCCAUUGACCUCAUCAUCCCCUACCCUGAGAAGACUGAGAAGAAGCCGGAGAAGCAGCAGAAGCCGACUCCUGAUGAGGCUGCUCAGUGGCGUGAGGGUCUGGACAGAGUCCUGAACAACAGCUAUGGUCUUUCUGCUUUCCGCAGCUUCCUCCAGUCUGAGUUCAGUGAUGAGAACAUCGAGUUCUGGGUGACCUGCGAGGAAUUCAAGAAGAUCAAGAACCCCGUGAAGAUGGCAGCCAAGGCUAAGAAGAUUUAUGAAGACUUCAUCCAGUCUGAGGGGCCAAGAGAGGUGAAUAUUGACCACUUCACCAAGGAUGUGACACUGAGAAACCUGGUUUCUCUGUCCCCUGCGACCUUUGACCUGGCCCAGAAGAGGAUUUUUGCCCUGAUGGAGAAAGACUCCUUCGGGCGUUUCCUCCGCUCUGAGCAGUACCAGGAGCUCCUGGUCAACUAAGCUGGAGGAGUUCAUGUAGGUUGGGGGUGUUGGGUUUCAAACAGCAGUCAGUUAACAUUGAAAUAAUUAGAAAAACAUUUGUUGGAUUAAAUACGUUUAAUCUUCUACUAUUUGUAGCUACAAUUGAAACCUCUAACUUGGAAAAAAAAAGUUAAAAACUAUCAUUAAUUUUCCAAAUUAUAAUUUGAGUGUAACUAAAGGGAGAGACUGCAUUUUGUAAUUACCCAACCUCCCCAAUUUACACACACACACACACACACACACACACACACACACACACACACACAUACACACGCAUGUUUUUGAACUUCUAUGGUAGUUUGGAGCUUCCAUUUAAUUCAACAAUUAAUCCCAAACUUCGCAAAGAAGUGAGGGUCUCCCAAAUUCAACAAGCUGGUCCAAAUCCUGAUUGGUUCUCACACUAAGGAAGAAGUACAAGAGCAUCCACAUCAACAGACUCAGACCCCCAUCCAAACAGACACCAAUGUGUUUCUAUAAGGACCACAAAAGUCAGUUCUCCAAUUUUUGGAUACAUGCUCAAACUUUUCUAAUUCGAUUAUCCCUUGUUUUACUAUCACUUGUUCCCCAACGUGUAGAUGAAGCUUUGCUAGACUUGACAGAUAUGAGUUUGGCUUUGUUGACUGUCAUGCAUUCUGUAGAAUACUCCAAAGACUUUAUGAUAUCGAGUCUAAAUGCUGAGCAGUAAGUGAUCAUUUUGGUGAUCUAUUUCAAAAUUCAACUGACAAAAUUAAACAUUAAUUUUAUUCGACUCAAAUUUCAGUUUGUGUCAUGUCUUUAGUAUAACACUCACCCAUGCCUUCAAAUGUCUUAAAGUCAAACUGAUGUUAAGUGUUGCAUUAAAUGUUUCCCAAAGAAAAAGGAAAAUAAGGGGCACAUUGUAAAAAAAUCCAAAUAAUAUAUAUAUACAUUCUAAAAUAUAUAUUAUUUUGCCACAGACCUAAACAUCUUACUCAUACAGACAUCAGAACAUAUUGUAUUUCCCCCAAAAGAUAUUGUGCCUUUUCAAGAGGAAAGCAUCUGGAAACCCUUCAUAUACAUAGAGUUACACAUUUGGCUGUUUUGAAUAAAUGAACACAUUAAAUCAUUUCCAACAACAACCCACUAUUUUGUCAUUUCAUUUAAAGACAUUUUAACAUAGACUCUCUUCUCAUACCAGUGCAUUAAUUACAAUUAUGACAUAACUUAGUUUUUGUCUCUUUCACACUCUUACACUCACAUAGACAUAGGGUAAGGUCAGAUUGUCACCACACUCCCCUUUUGGUUGCGAUGCAUCCUGUGAGAGACAUCCUUGAGAACAGUGCUGGCUAGUUGGCUCAGUGGUUGAGCUCCUUGGCUACCACUAAAUGCAUGUUGCUAAGAUGGGAAAAUCAAGUAGGAGGGAAUCUAAAAAGAAAAAGGGAAGAGAGCAGCGGUUUUAACAAAGAAAAGUCCUUUUCCCAUGCGAUAAUGUCAAAUAUGUAUGCAAGCAUGCAGAGUCACUGACAACACCUUAUCUCAGUGAUAAUACAAGGGAAAAACAUGGGGGACUGAAAUUGCAGAUUUUCAGCACUGGUUAUUGUAACAGACUAAAUGUAGAUCUAAAGUUAUAAAUAAAAACGAUAGGGAGUUAUUUCAAUGAUACAAGUAUACAAAACAUAGUCACAGUUCAUAAAACUGACUUCAUAUGUACUUCUCACUUUUGUUAUUUCAAAGGUUAACACUUUAAAAACACAAGUUAUUACUCACCUCAUGCUGUAAGAAAACACUGGUAUUCACAUACAUUUCACCAAGCUGAGACGUAUACGGAUGUGAUGGUGGGUUUGGUGUUGGAGUGCAAUGAUUGGGUGUCCUAAAUGUUAUCAUUACAGUAAUUGAAUGUAGCGUUCACAAAGUGUGAUUAUAUUUACUCUCUAAUGCUUUUUCAUAUAAACAAAAGCAUUAUGUCUUAACCAUCACAAAUAUAUGUUUUCUAGAUAUUCAGCCUUUUGUAAGUCCGUAUUGUUUAUUUUUUAAUGCAACUAUUCAAAAUCAAGCUCAACUGAUGAGAAAAAAUGGAUUAAUCGGAUUUUUUUCAUUUUUUCAAUUUAUGAAUUAUAUUUUUAAAUGUUCUACCUAAAAGGGCAUUGGAAAUACCAACGGUAUACAGCAAAAUUAGUAUUGACAAUGGUUUAUUAUGGCACAGAUUAGCCAGUCUGGUGUCGUUACCUUAUGCCUCAUACAGGUUAAUGUUUCAGAAAAAUCAAUACGGGCUUUGACAAUGCUGAGUAUGUAUUAUUUGAUGUUGCCUUGCAUGUAAUUGCUGUAGUCAUCCACAUAAAAAGAAAUAUAUGCAUUCAA